CACUGAUCCAAGACAUACCAGCAGAUUGAUUGUUGAGGUAAAACCAAGACAUCUUUUGCUUACUUCCGGCCCUUGUUUCCUUUUCAGUCCUUUUUUUUUCGCAUUAACCAAGAUGGGAAUAGUGCAUGAAGCAAGGAAACUUGGGUUGCCAUUAAUGAAUGUUGUGAGAUUCAAAGGAAUGCCCAUUUUAGAGCAACUUUUUUUGGAGGAAAAGCUGCUUCGUACUUCUUCAGAUAAUUGGUGUAUUGUUAACGAUGGAACUAAUACUCCUUCCAUUGUCAUGGGCUUGUCUGGAACUUCUUGAGCUUGGGUUUGUUUUACGAGAUGAGGUUCCUGUCAUCAGAAGGUUUACUGGCGGUGGAACUGUUAUUGUUGACCAUGGGACUAUUUUUGUCACUCUUAUAUGCAACAAGGAUGAUGUUCCUGGAGUUCAACCAUAUCCUCGUUCCAUCAUGUCUUGGAGUGGUCUUUUGUAUGGUCAGGUGUUGCGAGGGAUUGGUGAUUUCCAGCUCCGUGAGAAUGAUUAUGUUUUUGGUGAUCACAAAUUUGGUGGAAACGCACAAUCGAUAACCAAAAAUCGUUGGAUACACCAUACUUCCUUUUUAUGGGAUUAUGAGGCCAAGAACAUGGCUUACUUGAAGCUACCGGCUCGGGCUCCUGAAUAUAGAUCGGCAAGAGACCACAGCGAAUUCAUUUGUCGCAUGAAGGAUUAUUUGCCGAGGUCACUUUUUGUUGAGAAAACCACAAAGGCUCUUGAAACCCAUUUUUCACUGCAACCAGUGAAUUCUGAGACAGUUGGUGCAGUUCAUGAUGGAGGAUUUGUUCACACCACUAGCCUUCUCACGAAGCAGGAACUCAAGGAUGCUUUGGCAUCUUCACUUGAGAGUAUUGCUCACAGCACUUAGAUUUCUUACACUGAAUACUAUUUCAUUAGCAAGGGAUUUGGACAAGGACAUCUAACUACCUUUAUACCGGUUGCCAAAUUAAACGUUCAUAAAAAUGACUUUUUUGUGUUACUCUCUUGCGACAUUGGAGCAGCAUUCUUGCUCUUGUAUGUUCAGAGCAAAACUGUAGUAUUUUUUUCUAUGAUUAUUCAGAAACACGUGAAAUUUCUUACAGAUGCUGGGCAGUCGAUUUUUUAGCCGAGAAGGAAGGUUCAAAAUACCUUUGACAUUGUUUU